CUCGGUACUACGUAAUAUAUUUGGUAAUGCAAUGGCUUGUACAGUUUGAGUCCCCCGCACGAAAUCAUCAUACCAAAUAUGUCCAACUUCAAGUGCAACCGAUGGCAUUUUUAAUCAUCUUCCAAUGUUUUCGAACUUUGGCACUUAGAAAUCUUCACUCUGAAUCUCGAGUCUCACCCGCUCUUUUAGGAAGCGGAAGAUUGCAAUCAUUUUAAAAUCUGCAAGAAGCAGCCAUUAAUUCACGAUUUCGAACCUUUAAUACAGGAUGUUUUCGUUUUAGCACAUUGGAGCUGUGUGUACCGACUUCUUCUUUUGAAAGCUUCUUUAUCCCUAUUAGCAGUUGGUUUCAGCUGUAUGGACGGUCGAAAUAGUAUUGCUCGAGAGCCAAGCCCACCAUCCACGGGAAAUGAUGCUUCUGUUAGCAAUGACCAUGUUUUCCCUCAACUCUUCACUUCCUUGCCAAGGCUUAAUGAAGCAGCAUCUUAUCUUGCAGAAACAACUUCUCUGUUGACAAGUUGUCUCCCUGAUAUUUCCGGCUUGGGUGUUGGAAGCUCUGAUGGACAUAAAGUGGUGGCAUUUGGUUCUAGAAAAUCUGCAGGAACUGGUUGCAGCAUGGCAUUGCCAUCUUCAGAAUCAUCUCAUGAAGCAAUUUAUGCUCCACUCGUGCAUGAAGAAAUAACUAGGAGUUCAUCUGAAUCAGAAACCGAGCCAUUGUUAGAUUCUAGUGAAAUUCUUCCAUCAGUGCAGUCAAAUCGAAAUGGGGUGUCUGUUUUCCAAGGUCUUAUUGAAAGAGUACAGAGGACAGUUCGUGGCUCGGCUGAUGAUAUUGGAUGGAUGCAACGCUAUCCAGAAAUGCCUCCUGUCGAAGAUGGGACUCUUCGGUGUUUGGAGAUUAUCGAUGCUAUUAGGCAUGGUGUGCACAGGUUGCCAAACUCAGUGGUAUAUUUGCUGGUACCAGGCCUUUUCAGCAACCAUGGACCACUUUACUUUGUUAAUACAAAAACAAGUUUCUCGAAAAUGGGGCUAACUUGUCAUAUUGCUAAAAUUCACAGUGAGGCCUCUGUUGAGAAAAAUGCCAGAGAGAUAAAAGACUAUAUUGAGGAAAUGUUCUGGGGCUCCGGGAAACAAGUUAUGCUUCUUGGACACAGCAAAGGGGGGAUAGAUGCUGCUGCUGCUCUAUCCAUACAUUGGACUGAUUUGAAAGAUAAGGUUGCAGGGUUGGUGUUUGCUCAGAGUCCAUAUGGUGGUAGUCCUAUUGCUUCAGACAUACUGCGACAAGGGCAGCUUGGUGAUUAUGUUAAUGUCCGCAAACUUAUGGAGAUCCUCAUCUGUAGAGUAAUCAAGGGAGACUUGCAAGCACUAGAAGACUUGACAUAUGAAAAGAGGAAGGAAUUCUUGAAGAAACACCCACUGCCAAGAGAACUCCCGACCGUCUCUUUCCACACAGAGGCCGGCAUAUCUCCUGCAGUUUUGGCCUCACUAUCCCGCGUUGCACAUGCGGAAUUGCCUACAUUUUCUAUGGGCAGCCAGUCUGCAACACUUCCAGUGGUGAUGCCGCUCGGUGCUGCAAUGGCAGCUUGUGCCCAGCUGCUUCAGAUCAGGUACGGUGAGAAGAGUGAUGGGCUUGUGACUUGCCGUGAUGCAGAAGUUCCAGGUUCUGUUGUUGUAAGGCCAAAACGUAAACUUGACCAUGCUUGGAUGGUGUAUUCAUCACUCAAUGAUGACCCGUCAUCAUCUGAAGCAGAUGCUUCUCAGGUUUGUGAAGCCCUUCUUACGUUACUGGUGGAGGUUGGACUGAGAAAAAGGCAGGAACUAGCAAAUAAGGAUGAAUGAAGAAGCAUGUGCACAUAAUGGUGGUCCUCUUCAACUGCAUGCCUUUGUUUUUGGAAAUUAUAUACAAACUACUAGAUUCACUUUUAUUCACGAGACUACUAUUAGAAUGCUCCCGGGCUUAAGAGUUAGAAUUUUGUCGUGGAUGCUUCUCCGAUGCCCCCAAGUCCUAACACUCUCAGAAGUUGGGACAAAUGUAGAUAAGCUCCGGAUGCUCUACUUUUGAGGUCAAGUUUGAACUGGAGUUCUUGAUACUGAGAUGGUAUGAACUUCAAUCCUGUGUAACAGUUGGACUUCAUUGAGAUUAUACUUUACAUAUAUUUUUAUCGAUAAUAAGAGCAAUUGCUAUACUGUGGGAGCAGCCAAUGGUAAGCAUGUUGCUCUCACAGGAAAAAGCGCGUGAACAACAAUUUUUUUUUCAUUGUUCAGGAGCGCAAUGAUGUAACUCGUGUGUAAAGAAAUGUAACCCACGUUGAAAAGAAAUGCAACUCCAGACAAGUCAAAAUGCAACUUAUCUAAUACGAA